AUGGAUUCGAGUAGAUUUCAAGACACCGUUAUAUUGUGCAAUCAGCUAUUUCGGGAUUCAUUAUUUUCAUCUACGGUGGAUGAUCAAUCGUCGAGAAGCAGCGACGUCAAGGCCUUGUCCCAAGAAUCGGGUUUUAACCGCUUUACUACUGAGCAAUCACCGAGUUACCUUUUCCGAUCCAGAACAACAGAAAAGGGGUUAAAACUUAAAACCCGAUUUAUUAUUUUCAUUCGCAGACAAGGCAAGGGUUUUAGUGAUGAUGGAGGCGAUGAUGAAACCCCACCUCUCGCUAUUCAAAUCGAUGAAUCAGCAAAUUCGAGCUUAGCAACUCCCAAACCAAGUGAAGAAGAUUCAGUUGGUGUUACUGUAAUCACUGGUUAUCUAGGUGCUGGAAAAUCCACUUUGGUGAAUUACAUAUUGAACGCGAAACAUGGGAAAAAGAUAGCUGUGAUAUUGAAUGAGUUUGGAGAAGAGAUUGGGGUUGAAAGAGCAAUGAUUAAUGAGGGUGAUGGUGAUGGUGAUGGUGGAGCAAUUGUUGAAGAAUGGGUUGAGUUAGCAAAUGGAUGUGUUUGUUGUACUGUCAAACAUAGUUUGGUACAAGCAUUAGAGCAACUCAUUGAGAGGAAAGAUAGACUUGAUCAUAUACUACUAGAGACCACAGGGUUGGCCAAUCCAGCCCCUCUCGCAUCUAUUCUCUGGUUGGACGACCAGCUAGAAUCAGCUGUUAAACUUGAUUCCAUUAUCACUGUUGUUGAUGCAAGAAACCUCCGGGUUCAGCUUAGUGAGCAUCGUGAUUCGUCUUCAUUCCCUGAGGCAUUUCUUCAAAUAGCAUUUGCAGAUGUGAUAAUUCUAAACAAGGUGGAUUUGGUUUCUAACGAGGCCUCUGGACUGGUGGCUUCACGUGUUAUAGAGGAACUGGAAAAAGAGAUUCGUAACAUAAAUUCUCUUGCUGAGAUAAUCCACUCUGUUAAGUGCGAAGUUAACUUAUCUAAGAUAUUGGACCGCAAGGCCUAUGAUGCUACGCAACUUGCUCACUUGGAAACACUGCUAAAAGAAACCGAAUCGUUAUCAACCAGUAAUAUCCAUGACAGUAACGUGCGAACACUGUGUAUUACCGAGCACCGACAGGUUGAUCUUGACAAGGUCCGGUUAUGGCUUGAGGAGAUUCUUUGGGAAAAGAAAUACAAUAUGGAUGUCUAUCGCUGCAAAGGGGUUUUAGAUGUACAAAACUCAGAUCAACUUCAUACCAUACAGGCUGUGAGGGAGAUAUAUGAGAUUGUUCCAGCUCGCAGAUGGCAGGAAAAAGAGGAACGGGUGGUCAAGAUAGUCUUUAUAGGUCGAAAUCUGGAUGAGGUUAUUCUUAGAGACUCCUUCAGAACUUGCACUUUGCCGUAAUUGUAAGAUAUAAGUUUGAUCAUUUCUCGGUUAAUUGUUGAAUGUUGUAGAACUAAGUUCUUGAUUUCACAGUGUGAUUAACUAUUGAUGGUCAAGUCACUGUCGUAUUUAUAAGAAUUAUUAUAACUAUUCUGGGGAAUUUUGUUCCUUGAGAAUUUAUCAAUAAAAACUCCUCAUCCUGAAAAUUUAUUGAUAGAAUUAUAGCUGG